AUGGAGCAAGUGCACCAUCAAUGGAUAGUGCAUAAUCAUGAAGAAGAAGAAGAAGAAGAAGAAGAAGAAGUGGAAGAUGCUGCUUUGAAAACAAGGCAAUCUCUGCCACAUAGCAAGGAUAAUCUUGUUACAGGUGUGGUAGUAUCAUCUUCUCCUAUUGGCAAUGGCGGUGGGCUUAGUGAUGGAGUUUGCUCGGUGGUCACCAACCCAGAUAGAUCUAUUCUUCAGAAAGAGGAAGAAGUUACGGAGAUAGAAAAUGUUGGUGAAAAUGACAACCAUUUUGAUGAUGAUAAAGUUGAUUAUGCAGCUGUUGGGCUUGGACUAGUAGCAGAAUUUGUUGGAGCAGCAACUAAUGGAGAAGCUAUAACUGGUCCUGCUGGUGCUACUUUUGGUGCUGUUGUAUCUCAGAAUAAGAACAGUGUUUACUUUGACAAGCCACAAGGAAUGUGGAAAUGUCACCACUGCACAUGGACCAAACGAUUUGACAGUCCUUGGACUGUGCCCAUUUGGAAUCUUAAGGGGUACCCUGACUUGCUGAUGAAUGUCAAAACUAUGAUUCAACAUGGACCAUGUUUUGUUUGUGAAACUAAAGACAAUGAAGUUAAUGGACUUGAGGAAGAUCAAACUGUUGAUGCUGCCAGGUCUUUCCGUCCAACAAAUCCUGGGGAGAGAGAAUUUGAUGUACAAGAAGAAAAUUCAGUUAUUCUAAAUCGUAUAUGCAGUGAAGUCAACAAUCAAUGUAUGAAAACUGUGGACGACAAAGUUCCUUCAAAUUCAGAAUUAUCUCCUUUACGUAAUUCAUCUGACACACAAGCUAUGAAUGCGAUGAAUUUUCACUCUGAAACUAGUACAAAGGAAGAUCUUAACUUGAUAGAAGAAAUUGACCAGCAACUGAAAGAUUUGGAUGUUGAGGCAGUAUUGGCGAAACAAGAGACGCAUGACUUGUUCUGUCCUAAUUGCAAUUCUUGCAUUACUAAAAGGGUUAUCCUCAAGAAAAGAAAAAGGAGUAUUCAUAAUGUAGACAACAAAGCAAAGCGUGAUAAGUUGGACACUAUAGUUAUCUCCCAGCUGGUUGAUAGUUCUGCUCAUGAAGCCAACCAAGGUGAUCAUGCAAAUGCAACUUCUGACAUUGUUAGUCUAGAGCCACCUGCUCCAGAAAGAGAACCAGAAGUGUUCAGAUGCUUAUCAUGCUUCAGCUUCUUUAUUCCUAGUGGUAAAGGUUUUAAUCUGUUCCGUAAAUUUGGUGGUGCUAGAGAGCAUGAAACUUCACAAAAUCCUUCGGGAGUCUCUGCAGGCAAUUUGCAAAAUCCUUCAAAUCUACCAAGCACCAAUGCGAAUUGGUUCUUCUCUGUAUUUACUUCAAAUAAGGGGAAAACAGCUAGUGGUGCUUCCCUAGAACAUUCUACAACUGAUCCUGCUAAGCAGCAGCAUCACUCACCAUCAAUUACUUCAAAUAUGAUAACCUCCCCUGAAAUUGGUCAUGCAGAAGGUUCGCUUGCUGAUACAGCUCUAGUUGAAAAUGUAAAGUCUACACCAGAUAUUAACCAUGGAAAUGGAGGGACGAGUUAUCAGAUUUCCUCAACAGUGAAGUCAGUAAAGAUUGAAUCGUGGAUAGAAAAUGGCAUUAAAUCCCAUAUUACAUCAGAUAAUGUUGAAGAUAUGACCUCAAAGAGCUUUUCUGAUGAGAUGGUAUCCAAGCAUGAGAGGGUUCAAUUAGCAACUGCUGCUAUUACUGAAACACUUGUUAAUGCCGGAGAAACUUCAAAAGAUGCCAUUCUGAAUCCCCCUGAAUUUCUGGUUCCUACAACUUUAGGAUCUCCAAUCCUUGAGAAGUCACAGAAAGAUGUUGACAAGACACCUGAAAUUAUUGAGAAUGGCUAUUCCUCUUUGAGACAAGGAGCACAAUCAGCAGUUCAAUCAUUUGGCAGUGCAAUACUUGCAAGUGGUGUAGCUAGUAACAAACAAAGUUCCGAAAUAGAUGUUACAUUUCCAUCAAAACUAGAUUUUCCACUUAGUGAGAAAGUGAAAAGGGAUAUUGAUGAGGAAAUAAAUCCUUCUGUCAUUAAAAAAAAUAAAGGUGGUGAUGUGAUAGUUAUUGUUGAGGGAGAAGCAUUUAAAUCCACAGCAUCUCAGACAGCAGAUAAUGUUCAACUUGAAGGUGCUAUUAUGACAGAGUCACAUACUCAAGUAUAUAUUGGUGAACCACCAAGAGAUGAAAUUGGAGAACCCCGACAAUGGGAAAUACUUAAAAGCAUCGUGUAUGGUGGUUUAAUUGAGUCAAUCACAAGUCUAGGAAUUGUGUCAUCUGCAGCUAGUUCUGGUGCUACCCCAUUGAAUAUUAUAGCAUUGGGAUUUGCAAAUCUUGUUGGUGGACUUUUCAUCCUUGGUCAUAAUCUUAAUGAAUUGAAAAAGGGUCACACUGUUGGGGAUCAACUGCAAAUGAAUGUGCAAGAUCGGUAUCAAGAACAACUAGGACGCAGAGAAAACUUCUUGCUUCAUGCUGUUGUAGCAGUUUUAUCAUUCCUGAUAUUUGGUUCUGUUCCCCUCCUUAUCUACGGCCUCUUGAUUAGUAAGAAUUACUAUGAUGAAGUUAAGCUUGCGGUAGUGGCAGCCACUUCUAUUGUAUGUAUCAUUCUGCUUGCUAUUGGGAAAGUUUACACAACAAGACCACCCAAAUCCUAUAUUAAAACUGUAUUAUUCUAUGUUACAUUGUCACUUGCAACCUCUGGAGUCUCUUACAUAGCAGGCAACCUAAUCAAGGAUCUCCUAGACAAACUCAGCAGCAACUCAGAGUCUGGUUUUGCUAUUACCAUGCCCAUUUCAGACACUAACAUGGAGUCAGCAUGGAUGUCUUACUGAAGCAGUAGGGAGGA